UUUUUUUAAACUAUUUUUUAACUAGGGUUUUUUACACCCUUUCAAAAACAUACAGAGGCAAAGUUUUACACUUUCAAAACGUACGCAAAAACAAAAGUCGCUCCUUCUUCCUUCAAAAAGUUCAUCGACCGUCCACUCACCAUUGUCCACAACCCUUCUGCCGCCUUCCUCCGCUAUUCCGCAUGUCCGCCGCCUUCUUCCGCCUGUCCGCCGCCCUCUCCGCCCUCUUCGCCCGUCCACAACCCGCCGGCCGUCUGCUGCGUUCCUCUCUCUCCACACAGGCCUGUUUUGUACCUCGAAGCUUCUUCGGAGUAGAGGAUUUUUUGGACGAUGAUAAUAGCCGUCCAUAUACCUACCAAAAAGAAAAGAAAUCGAAGAAUCCAAACAAGCAUAUAUCAUUCAAACAGCGUACGAUAGCUUACAUGGAGCCGUUUACACUGGAUGUUUUCAUCUCAAAACGGUUUGUUUCAGCUUCACUUACUCACAGGGUAACAAGCAAACAAGUCGCAGUUGCUGGCACCAACUCAAAAGACAUCAAAGCAGCACUUAAAUCCAGGUCCGAUAUCCCUGCUUGUUUGGCGAUUGGUAGGAUAUUGUCUGAUCGCGCUCGAGAAGCUGAUGUGUACACAGCCUCGUAUACACCAAGGGAAAGGGAUAAAUUUGAAGGUAAAAUCAGAGCAGUUGUUCAAUCACUUAUUGAUAAUGGUAUUGAUGUUAAAAUUUAUCUUGAUUAAGUCAUGUUUAAAAGAUUAUGAAUUGUUAUGUUUCAUCUCAGUGAUUGGAUACAUAAAUUGUGUUCAAGUUUGGUAUCUUUCGAUUC